AUAAAAAAAAAAUUUAACAUUUAUCUCUAUUACGCUUCUAUCAUAUUUUGUAUAUAAUUUUUAAUUCUAAAAUCGGGAUUUAAAAAUUAAAAUUUUUAUUUUUAUUCAAAAUUGUUGAACUUAACUUCAGAACAGUGCUUUGAAUACGUCGUGAACUUCCCAUCACUUGAACUGCACUUUCUCCUAAGCUAUCUUUAGAUGUCCGUUAUAAGAAGAACAACACUUCAACGCUUACAUGAGAAAUGGUAAUGUUGCCACAUAUUCCAACAUCAUUGUCGCUAUCCACCCUUCAGAAGACUGUAGUUUCCAAUUCGUUUAGCUAUAGCGUUUUGUCUUUAUUCAUAAAUAAAAAAUUCACAAAAACGGGUGACUGGGCCUGUUGGUACACAUACAUAUUGUAGUUUUUUACAACACAAAAUACGUUCGUUUCAGGAAAGCACGUCAAAGUUUUUGUAGUUUCGAACACGGUUUUACCAUAUUUAUUGUUAUAUGAUAUAUGCCCAUUUCUUAAUCAAAAUUUAAAUUUGCGUUUUAUUUAGAGUCAACAAUCAAUGAUUCGACGUUAGACCCUCUCUUACCCCUACUGAAUGAUGAUUUUAAUUUUUGCGAUGUAGCUCAAUUCAUCCCCGAGUCAAUGACACAAACAUCAACUUUGUCAAAACCUGAGAUGAGGAACCCAGAAACAGAAUGUUUAAAUUUCCAGGUUCAUAACUUGUCUACAUUUUGUGAAAAACUUAUAAAAACACCUGAGCUCUGGGCUCCACUCGAAAAUAUUUCAAUACCCACAUCGCCAAGUUGUAUGUUGUUAAACACAUACGAAUUCCAAAUGCAAAAUGAUUCUCUUAAGUCAAUUACAGAAAAUCCUAUAUUCGGCGACGCUACACCCACACUAAAUUUGGAUGAAAUAUUAGAACUUUUCGAUGAAUGCAAUGAACUUCCACCAUCGCUACUCAAUAACUCAAGUUCGCCCAACCAGAGCGAUUUGGAUCAAAGUCAGCUUGAUUUAACAGCGACUCUAAUGAAUUUUUUUCAAAAGGAGGACAUUAUACCUAUUUUCAAUGAAACGGUGCCAAAUGCAACAGGUGAUCUUUAUUUCAUUUAAAGAUCUAGAAAACAAAAAAAAAAUAACUUUUCUUGCUCUGAAGGCUAUAUGGUAUACCGUUGAAUGAACAGCCUGCAAUGCUGUUAAAUAGCUUCUUCUUUAAAUACGUUGAAUAUUACAAGAUAUAUUUACCCUGGACAAGGUCUAUUAAGUUUGUCACAAAAUUUGUAACAUCCAGACAGAAGUCGGAGACCAUAUGAAGUAAUAUUUAUAGUUAAUAAUAAGGGUAAUGAGCUGAGUGGAUUUAGCCAUGUUCGUCUGUAUGUAUGUACGGAAAAUUUUUAAACAUGUGCUUUUUCCCCCAAGAUCCCGCUCAUAUAUUGGACCCCCGAAAUUAGACCACCAUAGCAUAUAUCUGAUAUAUAAACUGAACGAUCAAAACCACGUCCUUAUAAGGAAACCCUUUUAUUUGACAGGAUAUCUUCCCGAAAUUUGGCAUGUAUUAUUGUUGAAAAACGCAGAAUAAUUUUUGAAGAAACUGUUUAAAUCGGACCGAUUGUGUGUUUUAUACAGCCAUAGUCACACAAAGCAAUAAGUGCUAAUACAUUUGACAAAGAUCCUUAAAAAAGCAAAAAGAGCUUAAAAUAUGAUUACUUUCCUUUUAUGUAAAAAAUAGCAAAUAGAAUUUCACGAAUAAUUAGUAUUAAUUGAAAAACUUGAACUCUCUUUAAAAUGGCUUGGUCACCCAAAUAGCACAUUUUUUAAAAAGUGAAAAUUUGUUUGCAAAAAAAUUAUAAGGACUGAAUUUUUAUUUCUAAUUAAGGUUUUCUACGAUAAAGUUAUUUAAUGCGAGUAGAAACGGGACGUGAUAAGCAUUGUAGUCCUGAAAAAGACGCAUUAUGCACAAUAUGAAGAAAUCGUGACCAUGUACAUAUAUAGCUGCCACACAAACUGACCGACCAAACCAAGUCCUUUUGAAGGUGCACACAAAGUCAAUUUUUGUUGUUUUUUUUUUUUUGCAAAUAUUGGCUCAGGUCAAAUUUUACGUUUACUUACCGUUUUCAUUUACUAAAAAUUGCGCAUACCUUUUUAAAUAUAUCAGCAUAUGGUGUACUUUACAAACGCGAGGUUUGAAAUUAGUAAUGGUAAUAUGACCAAGCCUUUUGACUUCAGAAGUCGGCAAACAUCACUUUUUUAGACCAAUCGAUUCCUCAAUCCUAAGAAUAUAAGUGGCUUGCUGCCAUCCAUUAUUUUUGAAAUCUUUAUCAAUAAUGAAGAUAUGUUGUUCUGUCGUUCAUCACUUUACUACAUAACUGGAAGCAAAUUUAAAUUUUUCGUUAACUUUAGGACACCCAUUUUCUCCGAUAAAUAAAGGCUUGUGUUUAAAGCUGUAUGACCUUUUUAAACGCUGUAAUACAUGUACAUUUAAAGUUAUAGCUGCUCAAGACAACGUGCAUCCUUAUCGCUAAUGUGUGGUUAUGCAAACACACAAUAUGUUAAAUAAACGUAAUAUUGAUAUGCCACUAUUCCGAAACAGGAAAUAUCACAUUUUAGUGCUCCGUUUAACCGUGAAUGAAAUCUAUACAGCUCCCCUACUAAAGAGUCAAUAAUAACAUACCUCCAAGACUUUUGGUGAGUAUAUUUAGAAUUAAGUAAAAUCGAAUUUUUACCAGAACAAUGUAAGACUACAGUGAUCUCUACAUUACGGCAUUUUUAUGCUUACGUUGUUGUAGCCUCAAAGUUGGUAGCCCUAAUUUAUGAUAAAUUAUGAUAUAAAUUUUCGUCAUAUUACAUAUGUAUGUCCAAUGAAUGUUUGUGAGCAAAUAAUCUAUUAUAAACUCUUUAAUUUCACCAUUAUUUUAAUUUUAUUUAAAUUUGUGUUUUAUAUUAGAGUC